AUGGAGUCCGGACGGCUCAUCUUCAACGCGCCCUGCUCCGGCGCCGGGCAGAUGCUUUUCCUGGACUGCGGCGCAGCCGGUGGUCCUGGCGGCGGUGGCGGCUUGUUCCAUCGAGGCGGGAGACCGAUGCUGCUUGGCCUUGAAGAAGGGCGCGGCGUAAAACGGCCCUUCUUCACCUCGCCCGACGAGCUCCUCGAGGAGGAGUACUACGACGAGCAGCUGCCGGAGAAGAAGCGCCGCCUCACCCCGGAGCAGGUGCAUCUGCUGGAGAGGAGCUUCGAGGAGGAGAACAAGCUGGAGCCGGAGCGCAAGACGGAGCUGGCGCGCAAGCUGGGCCUGCAGCCCCGCCAGGUGGCCGUCUGGUUCCAGAACCGCCGCGCCCGGUGGAAGACCAAGCAGCUCGAGCGCGACUUCGACCGCCUCAAGGCCUCCUUCGACGCUCUCCGCGCCGACCACGACGUCCUCCUCCAGGACAACCAUCGCCUCCGCUCACAGGUGGUGUCGUUGACCGAGAAGCUGCAAGAGAAGGAGGCAACGGAGGGCGGCGCCAGCGCUGCCACCGACGCCGCGGCGUUGCCGGCGGUGGAUGACGUCAAGGCUUCCUUGGCCGAUGACGUCAAGGAGCCAACAACAGAGCCGGCGGAGGAGGAGGAAGCGGCGUUCGAGGUGCAGCAGGUGAAGUCCGAGGACAGGCUGAGCACUGGCAGCGGCGGGAGCGCUGUGGUGGACACGGACGCGCAGUUGUACAGCGCCGGCGGCCGGUUCGCCGCGGCCGUUGAUAGCAGCGUGGAUUCCUACUUCCCCGGUGGCGAGGACCACCACUACCACGACUGCGGGAUGUGUCCAGUAAACCACGGCGUGGGAGGGAUCCAGUCGGAUGACGACGGCGCCGGCAGCGACGAGGGAUGCAGCUACUACGCCGAAGAAGAAGCCGCCGCCGCCGCCGCCGCCGCGUUCUUCGCCCGACACACCCACCACCACGCGGACGAGGACGAGGACGAGGACGCCGGCCAGAUCAGCUGGUGGAUGUGGAACUAG